CUCCGAGUACAAUACCCGGCGUUCUCCCUGCCGGCCACCGGCGUCUGUUCAGUAGCGCCAGUCGCGCGCUUGGCGUCUUUGUGGGGGUUUCGUGUCUUGCCAUUGGCGUCUGCGUUACUUCGAAGAGUAUCGCGGUAUUCGUCACAACGGAAAAACGAGGCACGUAAACGUACCUCGUUGCGCCAUUUUCAAAAACUGGUAAACGAACAUCGUCGGAGACUGGCGAUCACGAUCGGCAGCUGCUUUUAUGAGCUCAGCGGCCGUUCGCGCGCAGUGCGAACGUGAACGAGGAACAAUAGUGGCGUCCGUCGACGCGUCUUCGAGGGGGUGUAAAGAAUGAGUCAAGCUGACCAGGAUAAAAGUAUGGACAAGAAAGAGAUCGCCGAGGAGGAGAGGGAAAAGAUGCUGAACGCCGAGAACACGAAGCACACCGGCGAUGCACCUGCGCCCGACCUAGAAUCCGAGGAGCAGAAACCGAAGAAGAAGAUACCAAUCGGUGGCAUCAAAAUGCCCGGAUUUUGCCGCACCAAGAGCAAGGAACCGUGCAAGGAUGAGGAAACUAAACCGGCAGAAUCAACUGAUGCGGAAUCAGCCCCCGUAGUGACAAAGGAAACUGAAUCAAAUGCUCCAUCUGCAGAAAAGCUUACCACGCCUGCCAAGGAUUCCAAAGAAAAAGAGGGACGAAAAGGAAUAUUAAAUGCUAUACGCUUUCCACUGGUGUCGUCCGUUUUUUCUAGAAGGAAGAAGGAAACUGAUUCUGAGUUAGGACAGACCGGCACUGCAGGAUUAGCAAGUGUCGAAACGCUCGACGAUGGUACUGCAGAGAAGAAUCCUAUCACCAACGAUGAUGGCAUGGAGACCGUUCGUCUUGACGGGCUUGACGAUGCGGCUGACAACACCGAGCCACCGAAACAUCCAUUGGUAUUCUGUAUAUCCGCGAUUAGAAGACACAUAGUGGUCUCAGGAAUUACUUUAUUCAUCCUGCUCGCCGUUAUCAUCAUCAUCUGCAUCGCCUGUGCUGGCCCCAGGCGGAUUCCUACUCAGCCGUUGAAAGACGGCAAGUAUAUUGAGGCGGUAACGGCGUGUGGACUAGUACAAGGCGUCUUGGAGGAUGGCGGCUUUGCAUUCCGCGGAAUUCCGUACGCGAUGCCGCCGAUUGACAAUCGCCGUUGGCAGCAUGCUCAGUCUCUAACUCGUAUCGAGCACUGUUGGAACGGCACUUAUUUGGCGCACAAUUCCUCCGAAAACUGCUGGCAACGCGAGACAUCCGGCCGCAUAGACGGUGUUGAGGAUUGCUUGUAUCUUGAUGUAUUCACGCCGGCAGUCCGAUACGAUUCUCCACUGCCUGUGGUCGUCAUGAUUGGCGCUGAGACCCUAAGUGGCGGCUCGCCCGGUAUAAUGCAACCUUCGGCCAAGCUAGCGCGCGUUCGCGACAUUGUGUUCGUGCGGCCAAAUUUCCGAUUGGGCGUUUUCGGAUUCUUGGCCGCCGAGCCCCUCUCCAGAACGUCUCAUCCACCGAGUUCAGGCAAUUAUGGACUAUCGGACAUCAUAAUGGCGCUUCAGUGGGUGCAGCUGAACAUCGAGAACUUUGGCGGCAACAGGACAUCCGUCACUCUGUGGGGACAUCGAGCAGGCGGUACUCUUGUGACGACGCUGAUCGGUAGUCGUCGUGCUAAGGGCCUUUUUUCACAAGUGUGGAUAUCAAGCGGUAGUGCGAUUUUCCCCGGUAAAGACCUGGACAAAUCCGAGGAACUGAGCAAGUCGUUCCUCGACUCAAUUCGGUGUAGCAACGCCGCCUGUCUGAGAAGCAAGAGCGCCGAGGAGCUUAUGGAUGUCGCAGAGAUGUGGCACAUGGGUAAUGUAGGUCUACCGAUGAUGAGAGAGGCCGCCUCUACCAAGGGCAAAAGACACGAAUGGCUCGUGCUGGAUGGCACGAUUCUCCAGGUGCAUGUUGGUCAGAUUCUUGGAAAUGAGACGAAAUUACCGGUGAAAAUUGUAAUGGGUACUACCGCACACUCGGGCACGCCGCCGCGAUAUCUCUCACCGAACGUUACUCUCAAUGCUACCCAAGUCGCACAAAUCGUGCGAGAAUCCUUGAUUGGAACUUCUGGCUUGACAGAUGAAGCUCUGAGGCGCUACAACGCCACGUUGAAGGGACUGCUUACCAUGAUCUCCGACAUCCGCGUAGUCUGUCCGUUGCUGACGGUCGCCAGAAUGAGAAAUGACGUACCGUUUUACAUUGCUACUCAACCGCGUCGAUACUUGGCCGAUCCUGAUAGCGACGCCGCGGCCAUUCUCGGGACCUACGCCGCUGUUACGCCCGCGGAAAAGAGGCACGUAUCCGCUAUGCAGCAAUUAUUCAACCAUUACGUGUGGCACGGCGAGGUUGCACAGGCCGAUCCGUCCGGCGCGAAGCGAGUGCUGGUUGUCGGUCAGGAUACGUUACUCGAACAGGGUCACUCCAACUGCGAUUUUUGGAUAGAGAAGGACAUUGUACCUAUGUACGGUCGAGUCGAUUAGGCAGGCUUCUGUUGUCGCUGUGCGGUCUGUGUGUUAGGAUCUGAUAGCCGGGAACUCGUUUCUCUGCUAGCGCGCGUUGUCCGUUGAAUUUCCGGGGGCGAAAUUCUCACGGCACAGAUAUGUACUUCGAUUAUUUUUAAAUGAAUCGAUAUAAAUGGAUGUUCUACAUUGAGAUUACGUGCAGGAUUAACGAAUGAGGAUGAUGAUCAUGCCUUUGUGGUGCGACGUAUAGUAGUACCUGUCGAAUCAUGACAAUUAACGCGAAAGCCAAAAUGUAAUGUAGCGAUAUAUAAAGGAAGGGAAUUUGUGUAGAUAUCCGUGCAUGACAAUGUGUGAACUCGUUUUCGAUGCUACGAAGGAUGACGAUGUUUUAACGAACGAUCUAGCAAUGAGAAAUGAAUGUUGCUGUUCUAUGUAUCUGUGAGCCGUGAAAGAAAAUCCGUGCGUCUGACCACGGGGGCAAGUGGACUAUUAUGUAUGUGUAUAAAUGUGAAUCAAACUGUAAUAUAUAAGAGCAGAAAGGUGUGCUUGAGAAAGACGUAGAAAGAUACGGAAAACGAUCCAGCAAAGUAUAGCAUAGAACAGAAAAGGAUUAAUAGUUGACGACGUAAUUAUAUACAAUUAUAUAUUAUAUAUAUAUAUAUAUAUAUAUAUAUUCUUAUAAGAUAUGAACAAAUGUGGAUGCGAACAGGAGAUAAAAAAAGUAUUCAGUACUUUUCAGAUUUUUGGAUCGGUAAUUUUGCUUUAAAUAAAAAAUCCACGAAUUCGAAAUUUGACAUUUUGAUAAUCAAGGAUUGAAUUGAAAAUGGCAUAGAUAAAAUGUGUCAGUUUUUGUACGCCUCUUCGUAUCCAACUCAUAGACAUAAGAUAGCGUAAGAGCUAUCGGAAUAUAAAUAUAAUUAAUUGUAGACUAUCGGCGUAUUAUCUUGACGGGAACUAUACUGUAUCUUUACACGGUCACAGACCAUGCUCUUUUGUGCAUGCUGCGUAAGAUACUUUUUGAGUAGGAAAGUGUACUUUCUGAGGAAACCACAGAGUGGGAUAUAUAUACCUUGCAUCGCGUUUCUGGAAGCAAACUCUCUCGGACGAAAUAGUUUUUCUCACUGACGAUAUUUUCAACGAGAAUGUAUUUUUAUUGUUGAUAUUUUUUUACAUAUAUAUAACUUAGAGAAAAAAAUUCCCCGCAAUACUCGCGGCAAGAGAAUUGUAGACUGAACUGUACUCAGAUAUACGCGAACGGUAUUCUCUUUAUCCUACCCAGUUAAGGAAUUUUCUAAAAGAUUUUCUAUUUUAUUCAGACUGUGAAGCGCUGCCAAAUUUUUUUAUAUGUAUAGGUAUUUUUUAUAUCGCGUGUUAGUCUCCUUAAAUAUUAAUAAUUUUGCAUAUUCGGACUUCGGGCGCACUAUGUAAUUGACGUAUGUAAUUGAUUACUCUUUUGCGUGCUUCUCUUCCGUAAACGCGAUUUGUGUCCCAGAAGUGAUGAUGAUGAUCUUGAUAUCUCUUUUUAUUUAUUACUCAUACUUUUAUCGUAACUUUUUAUGGCUAUUACUCGUGUAUUAUUAAACUAAGCGUCUCUGAAAACGUCGCGUCGCGUAAUAGUACACGGUCGGUCUCGCUGCGCGUAUACUUGGCGCGAGACACUACCGUGUCUCUUGAUAAUUUAAUUUAUUUUCACUAAUAUGUGAUAAAGUAGCAUUUAUAAGAGAAUCCUGUAUGUUGAUUUAUUUUAUAGAGAUAGACCAUUUUAUAUAAUUAAUUUCCAUUAUACUUGCGUGAACAGGAUAAUGAUAUCACAAUAAACUGUAAUGAUUUAUUCCGAUGAUUGAUGAUGAGUUACGAAUACCACAGAGUUCUGAUUAUUGCUAGAAUAAUUUCAUUUAUACGUGGAAGAUAUUCAGGGUGAAGAAGUAACUCAUUACUUGUAGAGUCGUAAAAUUGAUGAGGCGCGAACUUACUCCCUCUUCCUAAUCAAAUGUGGUCAAAUAUAGUAUUGAUAUGAAGUUUAAAUAUUAUUAUUUCUUGUGGCUACGGUAAGUAGAAAUAUUUUCUCUGUGUUAAAUAAGUGCGGGUCACUGGCAUUGUAGGCUCUUUAUUUGUGCCUAGCAGCAUACAUGUAUCGGAUUCUCAUGAUAAUUCAUCUUUUUGUUGGCUGAAGCAUCACUAUACUGGCCUAAGAUGGCAACGACGGCGACAGAGUAGAGGGUAGAGUUCGCGCUUCUAUAUUUUAGAACUCUAAUUAUCUAUAACGUGUUUACAGUUACUUUUUCCGGUAACUGUAUUAUUUUUUUACCCGUAACUCUAACACGAUAAUUUUGUUACAUGUUUCGAGCAACAAAUGACUGAUGUCACUUGUUAGCUAAUUCAUAAGUCAUAAGCAGCUAAUUCUAUAAUUACUUUAUAGAUUUAUAUUGGCUUUAAAUAAUAUUUACUAUAAUGUAAUAUUUAUUUUUUGGAUUAAAUCAAAAUUGCAAAUUGCAUUUUAAUUUUUCUACAUAUGUUGUCUUCGAUAUUGCUUCAUCGGGUUGUAAUUUAACAAGCGAUGAAGCAUUCAGUAACAAUGAAAUGAAUAUUAUAUUUUAAUCAAAUUAUACUAUUAUAAUUUAUAAAUAUAAUUUGAUCCUAUAUAAGCAUUAUGAAAAAUAAAUACUUACGUCGUAAAAUUUAUGACUAAUAACUAAUGAGUUAUUUUUUGGCCAAGCAGCAGUAAUUGUAACGAAUUAUUUUUGCAGAGUAACUUUCCUAACAUAUAUAAAUUCCCUGAAGGUACAUAGUAACGAAUCUGCAUAAUAAUGAACAUCGUAUUUAAUAAAAAAAGAAAAGUUUCGAGUAGCAUGUACUACAGCUAUACGGAUAUUUUGAAUAUUUAAAUCGCUUCUACUUAUAUGUGGCCACGACUUCUUAUAUGCGAAAAUUGCUAAAUGAUAUUAAACGUUAUUUUCGUGCGCGUGUGUGUUUUCUUCGACCAAGGUACAUAUGCGUGCGUGCUGUCAAAUACAUAUUGCUUAUUCUCUUACAUGCACUCUGUCUGUGGCUAGUUGCUAAGUGCAAAAGUAUUACUGGUGACUUAUAUUCAUGAAUGUUAGCGAUAACUAAGGUUGCAUUCCAUCGAAACUUUACAUACAAAUAUUCAUGUUUUAUUUCUAUUCCUUUUUUUUCUUUGUCGAGUGAGUGUGUACCACAUUAUAGAUGAUAUAAAUUUUGCCAGUUUAAAUUUUCUUCAAACACAGAAUAUCGUAUCUUGUUUCUUCUGCAUAUAAUUUAUUUCUUUAAUCUUUUCUAAGAAAAUGAAUAAUUUUUUAAGAGAAUCUGCUGUAAGAUAAAUAUAUAAGUAUUUUUAAAUAGACUCUUAUUAUGUACUAAUUAUUGAAAGAUAGCAAAUAUUGCUAUUUUCCAAUAAUGUUAAUUCGCAUUAACAUAUAUCGAUAUAGCAUAUUCAAUGACUUAUUCGUAUACAAUACGCAUUAUUGAAAAAUAUACUGAAAUAAUUUUAACUAUAGCUUGAUACAAAAAGACGAAUUGGUUCAUGUAUGCUAUCUCAUAUUAUUAGAUACGCUUUAAAAGUUCCAAAUUGAUCGAAUUUUACAUAUAUUCAUUAUAUUAUAUUCGGGAAAUUACAGCUACUUGAAUAUAUUAUUGUUCUUAAAAUGUUUUUUUAUCGGAAUCGUACUCGUGCAUCGUCAUGCGUCAAAAAACGCUACUAAGGUACUAAAGUACUUGCAUACUUUCGGCCAAUAUUCAGAAUGCGCACGGUGAAAGCGCCUCUAAAAAUGGUUCUAAAAACUACUUGAUUGACUGAGAAGUCACAUUGAAGAUCACUUUUACCAUUGUAAGCGCUUUCUGAACAUGGGGUUUAAUAUUGGCGCAGUGUGCAUUUGAAUAGUUUAAUUGUAUUUAAUUUAUUUUUAUUAUUAGUCACUCUGAUCCAAUUUUAUACUGUGUACUACGAUUAAUAAAUCAUUCAUAAAAUAAUA